ACCUAAGUUUUGUUCAAUGUUAUAUUAUUAAUUUUUUAUGGGGUUUGUUGUCCAGAAAUUGGUAAUAUCAACAUUACAGUAAUGCAAUGGGUUUUGUGAUAUUCUGCAAAAUAAAUAUUCUCCAAAUAAUAGAAUGUUAAUUUUUUUAACAUAAGUUUGUAUGUGUGCAUGUAGAUAUAGCACCUUGUAUAUACAUGUAGAUCUAAUUGUGUAAUUAAAAAUUUGAUAUUUAAAAAUUAUGAGGAGUGAGUGAUCUUAACAAGGCCAACAUACAACAUUACUAGGUUUUGGCUUUCUGAAUCAAAGCUUUGAAAAUGAAAAGAUACUGUCAAUUUGUGUAAAACUCGUUUUUACUGUUAAUUUGUUCUUUUGGUAUUAUUCUAAUUCCGUAUAAUCUUAAUAUUGUAUACGACUGAGUUACCAAAACAAAAGGUAAAUAAUCCUGUUGUACUGGUCUCUGAUUUCCGAAUAAAGCUUUGUCAAUUUAUACAUCUGUUGUAUAUAUACAUUAUGCACAAACAUAUAUCUAAAUUUUUCAGGGAGUGUAUAGGACUAUCUCUUUCUGAGAAAAUGCCUCGGCUGUAUGAAGCAAAUAAUGAAGAAAGGGAAUGGCAAGUAAAUGCAAAGUUGAUGCUGCAGAUUAUUGAUGAAUUUGAAAAGAAUGAAAAGGAGGGUAUUGAUAGGAAAGUGGAGUUGAUGGAGAGUGAAAUGACAUGCUUGGAAAGGACAAUGAAGGAGCAGAAGGAGUUGAUUAGGAGCUUGAAGGCUCACAAUUUGGGUGUCAGCAAAUCAGAGGUGGAGUUCGAACGCUCCAGACUCAACCGGCUAUGCAAGCAGGCCAAGCCUGAAAUAGAUCGCCUCCACGAUGAAACCAACCGUCUCACUACUUUGUUACUUGAGAAAAAGAUUCUAAUGGAGCAAAUCAAGGCGGCCGUCAUGUGACAAAAAAAAAAAUCUAAUAUUAACUUAUCUAUUCAGGUCUUCUGCCCUAGCUAGAAGAACUUUGUAUGGUUUGAAUUUUAUAUUUUCGAUAUGUUCCAGUUGCUUAAUGGAUCCUUUUAAUAUAAAAGUUGUUGGUUCUAUUGGGA